CCACACUUAACACUUGAGAGUCAGAGCAACGGCACAACGCUUUCCAUUUUUGAAUCUCUUUCAGCUCUUCCCGUGAAAUACACUCAGCUCUCGGAGAGAGAGAGGGAGAGAGGCAGAUGACGGGAGUGGUGAUGGUGACGAAGAGUGCUGGUUGCAGAGGAGAGCGUGGUGGUGGUGAUAGUGGGAAGAGAACAAAGUCAGCUGAAGAGCAGCAAAACCAGCUCUCACUAGUCACAUUACUUGUCGCAGCUCUGAGGAGAUCUAUGGUUUCUUGCCGUGUCGAUCGCCAUGAUCCCGUCUCCACAGCUAACAUAGAGAUUGGAUGGCCUACCAACGUCCGCCACAUUACCCAUGUCACCUUCGACCGCUUCAAUGGCUUCCUCGGCCUCCCAGUUGAGUUCCAACUCGAAAUCCCUUCUCCAGUCCCCAGUGCCAGUGCUAGUGCAUUUGGCAUCUCUGCAGAAUCCAUGCAGUGCUCUUAUGAUUCUAAAGGGAAUAGUGUGCCCACCAUUCUCUUACUAAUGCAGGAACGGUUAUACUCACAAGGAGGUCUAAAGGCAGAAGGGAUAUUCAGGUUAAACCCAGAGAACAGCCAAGAGGAGCUUGUUAGAGACCAACUGAACAGGGGUAAUGUACCAGAGGACAUUGAUAUCCACUGUUUGGCAGGGCUAAUCAAGGCCUGGUUCCGAGAGCUCCCGGAGGGAGUUCUUGAUGGCCUUUCCCCAGAACAAGUCCUUCAGUGCAACACAGCGGAGGAUUGUGUGGAGCUGGUGAAACAGCUAAUGCCAACUCAGGCUGCACUACUUAACUGGGCUAUUGAUCUUAUGGCUGAUGUUGUCGAGGAAGAGGAAUCCAAUAAAAUGAAUGCAAGAAACAUUGCAAUGGUCUUUGCACCAAAUAUGACUCAGAUGUCUGAUCCAUUGACAGCUCUUAUGCAUGCUGUUCAAGUUAUGAACUUGCUCAAGACCUUGAUCAUAAAAACACUAAGGGAACGUGAAGAGACUGCAACAGGAGGAUACUCACCCUUCUCAUCUCAUUCAUCUGAUCAGCACAGUGAUGAGGAUUAUGACAGUCAACAGGAGAUGGAUACAAGCUGUGAAUUGAGGGGACCAACUUCAGAUUGUGAUGAUUAUGCCAGUUAUAGUUGCAGUAUUGAAGACGAAGAUGAAGAUGGAGAUAAUUCAUCAAGUGAGAUUGAGGAGUGCUUCUUAAGGAAAUUAGAUGAGUUCGAAGCACCCAUACAUGAUGGUCCUGAGGAAGCCGAAGGAAACCUGGAAAUGGAGCACCUCAGUCACAGCAGUUGUUCUGGCUUCAACACAAACUCUAAUUUUUCAUCAUUUAAUAGUAAAAAUGGGAGUUCAGGGUUGAGUACAAGUGAUGUAGAGGACUCUGGGAUAAAUGAGAUUUCUACAGGAGGGUUGAGUAGUACGAAGGCCAUUUCAAAACUUUGUCAAGAGACCCAAGACAGCAGAGCCAUGGAAACAUCAGUGAAGCUGAUGGAGUCCUCAUGCUCUAUUUCCUUGCCAAAAUUGUGUGGUGCAUCUGGGUGAUUGAAGCCAAGUCUUGUGUGAAAGUUUUUUUUUUCUUUUUGCAGCUUUGAUUUGGUCCUCAGCUGUUGCUGCAUCGAACAUUGAUUGAGUGGUUUGUGUGGUGGAUUUGCAUGGGCAGACUUGGUUCAGCUCUGGGAUGAUUUUAUGCCUCUUUCUGUACCCCUCAGUACAGAGGAUUUCUAAUUUAGGCCAUGUAAUUCAACAGUGUUGAGUGGUCUGUCUGUGGUUCAGUUUUUGGCUGAACAUUUGCUUGUGUUGUUUGUUUCAAUUGUGGAAGGGCCAAAAAUGGUUUGAUUGAGACCAGUUUGUUUGUAGGGGACUCUCAUGGAGUAUGUUCAUGAUCACCCUUUUUUUGUUUGGUGGAAAUGUUCAUGAUCACCUUUUAUGCUUUAUCAAUUAUCUAUCAGUAACUCAUUUCUUA